AUGGCUAUUCAGUUCAUCAAGCCCAUGAUGAUCUCUCUUAAACUCACUGUUAUUCUAGGGCUGUGUGCACUUCUGGCCAUGGCUGAGCUUCAACGGUUCGAACACCAGCCCAAAGCCGAUGGGUCGCUUACCGUUCUGGUCGUUGGAGACUGGGGAAGAAAAGGAUCCUACAACCAGUCUGAAGUUGCAGUCCAGGUGCUAGCUUUGCCUUUCAAUCAGGACAUGACAACAAAAGGAAUUAUUGUGGGAUUAGAACAUUUUGUUGCACAGGGAGGGUAUAAUUCCACAUUAGAUUCUAUAUUCUCUGAAUAA